CCCAUUGGCCCUUUGCCCGGCUUCUCCCCGCCCCUGCAGAGCGCUGAUUGACGCGGCGCCGCCCGCGGCGCUGUGAUUGGCCAGCGCGCUGUGUGGUGAGGGGUGAGGCGGUGAGGCGACCGUUGCGGCGGGGCAGAGCUCGGCAUCAUGGCGGAGGCUGCGUUCCAGAAGGCCGCCGAGGAGGUGAAGCAGCUCAAGUCGCAGCCUUCGGACCAGGAGAUGCUGGAUGUCUACAGCCACUACAAGCAGGCCACGGUGGGCGACGUCAACACGGAUCGCCCUGGUAUGCUUGACUUCAAAGGUAAAGCAAAGUGGGAUGCCUGGAAUGCAUUAAAAGGAAUGUCCAAAGAAGAUGCAAUGAAAGCAUACGUAGCAAAAGUGGAAGAGCUAAAGGGCAAAUACGGGAUCUGAGAAGUGGAAAUAGCAACUACUUGCACACCUGAAUCAUGCCUUAUUUCUAAUACUGUGGAAAACUGAUUUCUGAAGAUGAUUUUACAUGUGAAGUAUACUGUAGUUUGUUCUCAUAAUGCCUGUAGUUCAGGGGAGAUCAGUGUAUCUGCCUAAUGUACUGACGUGCUAAAAAUUCAUUUUGAGGACAAAAUAACCUGGAACUCAUUAAAGUGCAUUUGAUACUUUA